UGGCUCAUUAAAAACAUUGGUCAGACACGGACUGAGGAGUUUUUGAAGUUACCAAUAACACAAAACCGUACAAAACUCUCAUUUCAUAACAACUGCUCAUUCUUGCAGAAGAUUGACGAACUUCCACAUGGACUGGGAUGGAGUUGCAGGAAGAUUACUGUGCGUGGUAACCUUGAAGAUGAGAAUGGAGCACCGUUGCAAGAAGAGCUCGAACUUUGGAGCCGUGAUCCUGUAGAGUGUGUCAAAGAGCUUAUUGGCAACCCUUUCUUCAAGGAAGAUAUGGCCUACUCACCUGCCAGAGCAUACACAGACCACAUAGGGCAACAUAGAGUGAUUGAUGAGAUGUGGAUGGCUGACUGGUGGGGAGAGACUCAAGGAAGACUGUUUGAGAGAGAACAACAAAGAAAUGUACUGCCCUUGUGA